AUGGCUUGCGACGAUAAGUGUGAUUGCGAGCAUCUUGGCAUCGAUUAUUAUGGGGUCUUGUCUUUGAAGAAGGACUGCCAUGAUCUGGAGAUCAAGAAGGCAUUUCGAAGAUUGGCCAUUUCCUACAAUCCGGAGAGGAAUAAGGAUGAGAGUAUCCAGGCAGUUUUUUCUCUGAUAACCGAGGCAUAUGAUGUCCUUUCAGACCCCCUCAAAAGAGCUGUUUAUGACCAAUAUGGAGAAGCGGGUCUGAAACGUGGUGUUCCUGGUCCUGAGAAUUAUAUUCCGCCAUAUGUUUAUCAUGGGGAACCAUUGCGGACGUACAGGGAGUUCUUCGGAACUUGCAGUCCUUAUGCGAAUCUCUUGGAUGUCCUGACGCGUCCACUUCCUUUGCAGGAGUUUCCGGAAGGACGAGGCUUGAAACGCAAGGAGGAGCCUUUAAUAAAGUCAUUGCAGUUGACCCUUGAAGAGGUCUUUUUCGGCGGAGUGAAAAAAAUGAAGAUCCAGAAAUUGGUACUAGUGGGCGAUGACAAGUCCACGACAGUACCCAAAGAGAAGAUCUUGACCAUUUUUGUGAAACCGGGCUUUCCUACAGGCACUGAAAUCGUGUUCCCCGAAGAAGGUGAUCAAGGACCCACGAAGAUCCCUGCUGACGUUAUUUUCGUCACGGAAGAUCGUCCUCACGAGACGUUUAAGAGAGAUGGAUCUAAUUUGCUAAUGACGGUGGACUUGUUCCUGAGAGAAGCCCUCACGGGAACUGUCGUCACCGUCAACACGAUUGAUGAAAGAAUCCUUCGAAUCCCUAUCACGAGUGUCGUGACAGCAGACUAUCAGAAGCUCAUCCCCGGCGAAGGUCUACCUAUCGUGGAGGAUCCGAAAUUCAGAGGAGAUCUAAAAAUUAAUUUUAACAUCGAGUUUCCGGUUUAUUUGCCUAUCGCUAGUAAGAACUACAUCAAGAGAGCGUUCAGAGAAUCUUAUCCCGAAGAUGAGAAGGAAAACACCGAGUACGUUCAUCGAUUAUUAUUGGCGGAUAAAAUGCGAAGAAACGUUGACGAAGACAUAUUGCUCAGAAGGGAGCCGAACGACGAGCUCAACGAGUUGAGACGGCUUUGUAAUUAA